AUGGACACUCGAAUUCUGGCCCGUGGGCUCCGUGCCCGGCCAACUCCAUGGUUGCUGAACCAACAACCUCGAUUCCAGCAAUCCUUCCUUACCAGCACUCUCCGAUACAACUCCUCCUCAAGUACCCCCUCUCAACCGCCCAAGCAAACGCCCUCAAACUCCUCCGAACAAUCCACACAACAAUCCUCUGAACCAACCACCCCUGCAGCCGCUCCCAAACCCCAAGAAACCGCCAACUCUGCCUCAGACUUCGACGAAAUCCUCAACAAACUCGACCUAGGAAACCGCGGCACACCCACAGAUGCCGCCAACCGCCGCGGCCGUCGCGGUCUCAGCGACUCCGUUUCCGAGAACGUCGCCUCCCUCAGCGCCAGCGCGGGCAAACACAACCAGGAACGCAUGGCGCAGCAACUCGCCUCACGCAAAAUGGAAUUGAAGCUAGGACCAACCCUAGGCCGACAAAUCCACGUCGAGCCCGAGCGCGGCGUCGACCUCGCUGCUGCGAUUCGCAAUUUGCAAAUCACCUGUGCUACCAACAAGAUCAAGGCGCAAUCGUUUGAGCAGCGGUUCCAUAAGCGCAAGGGUGCGGUGCGGAAGGAGCAGAAGCGGAUGCGGUGGAAGAAGCUUUUCAAGUUCUCGUUCCAGGAGACUGUUAAGAAGAUCCAGCGGAUGCAGACGCAGGGUUGGUGA